CAGAAGUAUAUAAGAGCUGAUGUGAGCACGUGUGUUGACAGAGAGCCUCAACACACACACACACAGAGACAGAGGAAAGACCAGCAGCCAGAUCAUCAUAAAACAAGCGUCCAGUGUACUUGCCAUUGGUUUCUAUUGAGGUUAUGGAGAACUCAAAGCCUAACGCGAGCAGCAAGGUUGCCACACGUGUCGUAGGGCCUGGCGGUGGCCAGACCAAGUUCAAACAGAGGUCAAUGCGGCAAUUCAAGAGCAAACCCCCCAAAAAGGGUGUCAUUGGAUUUGGUGAAGAUAUUCCUGGAAUGGAAUGGUUGGGAACUGACUUUAACGUGAUCUGUCCGUGGGAGGCAUACAGUCACCUGGAAUUACACGAGCUGGCCCAGUAUGGCAUUAUAUGAGGUCACUUCCUGUUCCCACAUCCCACUGAAUCAGCAACCAGCGAAUGGUCAUGACAACAUCCUGCACCUUAAUACAUCAAUUAAAUAUUCAAAUUUAGAAAUAUAUUUUGGUCGAAGUUUGGUUAGUCUUUAAUUAUUAAUUUUUAAUAAUUAAAUGGAAUUAGUUAAUCUACCUCUUCAAACUCACACCGUCACCAAUGCUAAUUUCACAUAACUUCUUCUUAUUCAACUUUUUUUACUUUAACAUUUUACAUAUUAGUAUUGUCAUAUUGACAUAUAAAAGGCGUUUUAGGUGCCACUUCUUGAGUUUACUUCCAUAUUACUCUGCAAACAUCAAUGUACAAAAUGUAGCAGCUGCUGAAUCUUUUUAAUGAUGGAUGUAUAGGUUUUCAUUGUGUCUGAAUGUGUCAAAAAUUUGUUUGGCGUGGGGUCUCGGCAUCUGACCAUAGUGCGAUUACUGGGAGCUGCUCUCUGUGAGUGCCCGGCCCAGUUUAUUGGCCUUAUGAUGCCAGAGAGCCAUAUGAGAAUGAGUCCGACUCAUUCCCGACAGCACAGGAAGGGUUUGGACAUCAAAUAAAGCUUGACUUUUUUCAUACUUUUCAACAAUGUGUCAGAGUAAUUCCUGCUUCUUCAACUGCUAAUCAAAUACAAACUAAAACAUGCACAAUAUGCAGUAACAUGUAGCCAAUAAGCAGAAUGUGGUUUCAAAUUACUUUACCCUUUAAAUGUUUCAGUGUCUAACUGCAAUUCAAUUAACAUUACUAGUGUUUAGUUAUCAAGGUUAAUAUUGCAGAAACACACUUUAAAAAUGCAAAAGAUGUGUUCUGGCGGUAACAGACCAGUACUAAAGAGGGCAAUAGAGCUACAUUCAAAUGUCUACCCACCUUUUUCUGACUGGACGGUUUUCUACUUCCUGCUGUCCUUUUUUCACUAAUGGGCUCUAUGCACGGCCGUAUUUCCGG